UAGCGAAAGCACUGUGUAUAACCAAAACCGUAAGCAAGCAGACAAGGGCCUUAAAAAACAUCAAGCAAUGUGAUUGUGGUCUAUAUAUAAUGUAAAAAAAACAUCACUUAAAUAUAACAUCGUGAACUUGAGUUAUAGCUAAGCUAGUAAUAAACUAUGUUAGAGGAAUGGACGGCAGUUGUAAGUUUGGAAAUGUAGCUUGAAAUUUGAGUUAACCAGUUGAAUUAUGACGCAAGAAUUACGUUUGUCUGAACUGCACGAAGUAUGUGCGGUUGGUGAUUCGGAUUUACUUGAGGAAAUGCUAAGGUCCGGAAAAUACGAACAUGUUGACUACAAAGACCCGGAUUGGGGUGAAAGGGCGCCUUUGCAUUGGUGCUGCAUGAAAGGAAAAGCUGACAUGGUGCGCCACCUUCUGGAUAAAGGAGCACAUCCGGGAGUUCGAUCUUCGUGUGGAUGGACCCCUGCUCACUAUGCAGCUGAAACAGGAAGAACUCACGUACUUAGAACACUGCACACAAAUAACGCACCUAUGGAUAGAAGAGACUUAUUUGGAGACACGCCGCGUAGGAUUGCUGAAAUAUACGGCCACGUUGAUGCUGCGGACUUCUUGAGCCUUGCAGAGGCGGAGUACCGAGCUAAAAGAAGAAAAGCAGAGCUGUGCGGUGAAGCGGAACCUUAUGACGACGAAGAUGUAAACUGGUGUUACCGUAAUAACAUCACACCAGAAAUCUUUAUUACAGAAGAUGAACUUGCAGAGAUCACUAGUACCGCGACUUCGGCAAGCCUUUCUACAAGUAUGACAUCGUCGAUAUUAAAAGGACGAACGAAACAACGACGUCAGGGAAAAACUGGCCAACCAUCUUCGAGACGUAACACUCCGGUGCAAGGGGACGCUAAAGAGUCACGCAGUGGGACGCCUAAACGGGGACACCGUAGAGGCUCGAAAUCAAGAAAAGCAAAGUCUCCCAAAAGCUAAUUCAAAAACGUAGAAAAGAUCAAUUGG